AGACCAUAAACACGGGAAGUAUAAUACUAACUCCUGCGCACAUGUGAGAUAGGUAUUAGAAAUUUCUGAAUUGAUUUUGUAUAAAUAAUUUAAUACCUAAAAAUGGACAAUAAUAAGCUAGAAGGAGUAGCAUUGAAACUUUUUGACAUAAAUGCUGUAAAAUUCGGGGAGUUUAUGACUAAGAGUGGAAUUGAAACACCUGUUUAUUUUGAUUUAAGGGUUAUAGUUAGUUAUCCACGUGUAAUGGAAUUAAUAACAUCUCUACUCUGCGAUAUUGUAGCCACAAAAGUUAAAAAAUAUGAUCAUAUAUGUGGAGUGCCAUACACAGCUUUGCCAAUAGCUACAUUGAUGAGUGUUCAGGCAAAGAAACCAAUGCUAUUACGGAGAAAAGAAGCUAAAGCAUAUGGUACAAAGAAAAUGAUAGAAGGUCAUUACAAUGUUGGUGAAACUUGUCUUAUAGUUGAAGAUGUUAUAACAUCAGGUUCUAGUGUUUUAGAAACAGUAAAGGAGUUGAAUAAAGAAGGUUUAGUGGUUAAUAAUGCAGUAAUUAUCUUGGAUAGAGAACAAGGUGGCAGAAAGAAUCUUGAAACAAAUAAUGUAAAUGUUGAUGCAUUAUUUACUAUGACUGAGUUGAUUGGUAUUUUAGAAAAACAUAAAAAAAUUACAAAAGAAAUGUCUAUGAAAGUUAGAAACUACUUAACAGAAGUUAAAGCUCCAGUAACUGGUUCAUCAGAAGAGAGAAUGCUAUUAUCAUAUGAAAAAAGAGCAGAGUUAACUUCGAAUCCUGUAGCAAAGCAGCUGUUUAACAUAAUGUCGAUUAAAAAGACGAACCUGUGUUUGUCUGUUGAUUUGACAUCAUCUAUAAAAAUACUGGAACUUCUAGAAAAAGUUGGAGAGUAUAUUUGCUUAGUGAAAACCCAUGUUGAUAUUAUAGAAGAUUUUAGUUUAGAUUUUAUCACACGACUUAAACAAUUAGCACAGAGAUUUAACUUUUUGAUUCUUGAAGAUAGAAAGUUUGCAGAUAUCGGGAAUACUGUGUUGUUACAGUAUCAGAAAGGAUUAUAUAAGAUUUCUGAAUGGGCUGAUUGUGUGACAUCGCAUUCUUUACCUGGAGAAGGUAUAUUGAAAUCUUUAAGCACUCCCUGCAAUGGUUUAGAAAAUCGUGGCGUAUUUCUUUUAGCUGAAAUGAGUAGUGAGGGAAAUCUAAUAUCACCAGAAUACCGAGAAGUAACAGUAAACAUGGCUUCGAAAUAUCCUAAUAUAAUUACUGGAUUUGUAUGUCAAAAUAAGGAUACAUUUAAAGAUCCCGGUCUUAUACAAUUGACUCCUGGCGUACAACUCGAGAGUGCUAAAGAUGAUCUUGGUCAAGUAUACAAUAGUCCAGAUAAAGUUAUUUUAGAUAACGGAGCUGAUAUAAUUGUUGUCGGCCGUGGUAUAAUUGCUGCGAAGAGUCCAGAAGCUCAAGCGGUUAUUUACAGAGAUACUUUAUGGAAGUGUUAUUUAAAAAGAGUCUCAGGUAAAUUAGAGUAAGUGUUCAAGUAUUGUUUAUAUCGUUAAAAUAUUUUGUUGUCUCAAUUGCUGAUUUUAGUAAUAAUAGAGAAGUAUGCAUUUAAUUUAUUCCUGGUUAUGUAAUAAUAAGUUGUAAUUCAUAGUAUUGUAAUCUAAAUAACUGUACAUUUUGUAUUAAGCGAAUUGUUAUUGUAUAUUAAUUUGUAUUAAUUGUAUUUCUACUCAUAAUGUUACUAUGAGCUAUAUUAAAAAAAAGAUGCAUUUAAAAAAAUCUUUUUAAAGGGACCAUUUAAUAUAAAAUGUUGAAGAAAAAUAGAGCUAAUUUAGCAUUUUUUGAAGGAUAUGUUCUACCAGCAAAACUGAACAUUAACAUUAACAAACAUAGUUUUACCAUAGAUUAUAUCAUCAUUAUUAUCAUAUCAGCCGUUAACUAUCCAUUGCUUAACACAGGCCUUAAUGUUUUAUUUCUAAAAACUAAAACAUUCUACAAACAUAUUUUUAUUAGAGUGUUUUGUCCCUGUCUUUCAAAUUGAGAAUAUAGUGUAAAAGAAAAGGAUAAAGUACUUCUAUAACUAAAAUAAUUUUAAGAGAAUUGACGUUUUUAUUAAUAAAAGAAAGUGUGGGUUUUAUGUAUAACUUGCAUUUCCGAUUUCUUUCUGUAUAUAAGUUACUAUUUAUGUAUGUUAUAUAUGUUUUCUAAUCAAUAUGUAAGACAUUCCAUUACCUUUUAACUAUAUUUAAUUGUAUUGGAUUUUUGUCUGAAAAGAUCCUAUAGAAAUGUAGUAAUUUAUUUUCGUAGUAAAAAUAAUUGAUUUUACCAUACGCAGAAAUUAUACCACGUCUAAUUUCAUCUUUUUAUAUUUUAUGUCACAUAAAAUUAUAGAAAACAUAUAACGUAAAGAGAAUUGGUGUCAGUGACAGCCAUAUUUAAAGUAGGUUUAUAUUUGUGGAACACAAUUUUAAAUUAUUUUCGAAAAUUCUGGCUACCCGUACAAAGCCGGGCUGGAUUUUCUAGUAAGUGAUAUAAUAUAGUUUCAAAAAGAAGUCACAGUUUUUCAGUUUACAUUUUAGCAGUUUUUUGUAAGUGAUGUGUCUUCUAGGCAAUAUAGAAGGCUCAACAUAGUUAAUGGCCCUGUCCACAUAUUACUUAAUAAUUAAGUAAAUUGUAUACUACGAUAAAGAAAAAGAUAUUUUAAAGUAUAAUUACUAUACUUAUGCUAUAAUAAAUAAAGAAUAUCAAGAAAAAA